AGAUGACUGACUGGGGGAGGUGGCGGAAGGGACGAGGAAGAGGCGCAGACUGUACUUAAAGUGAGACGCCAACCAGAGUCAGUGUCAACUCUCGAAGCUCAUACAAUCGAUUCAAGUCACAAGCCAAGCUGCAAUGGCCCGCACAAAGCAAACCGCCCGCAAGUCCACUGGCGGCAAAGCCCCUCGCAAGCAGCUGGCCACGAAAGCCGCCCGCAAGUCCGCCCCUGCCUCCACGGGCGGCGUCAAGAAGCCCCACCGAUACCGCCCCGGCACGGUGGCCCUCGGCGAGAUCCGUCGCUACCAGAAGUCCACGGAGCUGCUCAUCCGCAAGCUGCCCUUCCAGCGCCUCGUCAGGGAGAUCGCGCAGGACUUCAAGACGGAUCUGCGGUUCCAGAGCGCAGGGAUCGGAGCGUUACAGGAAGCUUCGGAAGCCUACCUCGUCGGACUCUUCGAGGACACCAACCUGUGCGCCAUCCACGCGAAACGAGUCACCAUCAUGCCGAAGGACAUCCAGCUGGCGAGACGCAUCCGCGGAGAGCGAGCAUAGAAGCCUCAAAGGCAAUUUGCAAUUUUGCGUGCAACUGCAUUUAGUCAUAUCAUGUUUUAUUCCGACGCCGCAACCAUUUCGGUUCCUUAUGUAGAUUUUAAGACCAUACACGUGACCACCGGUGCUCACACGGUCGCUAUGUUGUCCCAAUAUAAAAAAACAAAUGUUA